ACGGGGCAUCAAAAGGAGGGUUGAAGCAGUGAUCAAUGUCUGCAGGAGUUUUCAUGUACCGUAAUUGUGUUGAUGGGUUGUUUGGCGGCCCCGGGUCUUCCUCGGCGGGGUGGUUGGUUUUACCUAUCGCGCAAUUGAGGAUAGUGUGGUCUGGGCAUUCAAUUGUGCCUUGUCACCUUUGUUUCAUCGGCCAUAGUGACAUAACAUGGCCAUCUCAAACACCAUUCCUUGUCCCACACUCUAUCAAUCAUCACUCUUUGUAAAUUACAUCAACUCUUUUGGCUAAUGUAGACCCUACGUCCAUGCCGCAUUCCGGUCGGCCCAUGGGCAAGGCCAAACCAGGUCCGCGCGCAAAUGCGCCGGACAAACCAAAAUAUGGCAGUGGUCCUCUCAUGAGAGUGCAGAAGCAGUUUCGAAACGCCCAAGGCUCUUCCUAUCAGGUCAUUACACCCCAGUCUCUUCACCAGCGCAAGAUCGUUUUUCGCACAGACAACCUUUCUGCCCCAGAUCGAUCAGUCCCCAGUAGUAAUGUCUCUACGCCACCGCUCCCCGACAACACUCGUCAUCAUCAGGCGCCGCCAACGCCGGCCCUCGAGCAUGCCUUUGUUAUCAACACUGCAGCCAACAUGAGACACGGCCGUCAAGCAGGCCGAGAGCCGCCUCAGCUGUCACGCCAAUCAACGGAAGAAAUGUUGCUUCCCAGACAAUCAAAGCGCAAAGCCUUAUUCAAACCUAGUCGGCCGCUUCAAAACUCGGAUCAGAUCAACAGCGAUAUCUGGCAGACGAUCCUCGGCUACUGCGAACCUCAACUCCUCCUCGAAGCCAAAACCAUUAAUUCAGGGUUUUAUCGCCUAUUGUCUGAUCGCUCGGGCAUUUGGAGACAAAGCAGGCAAAUCCAUUUGGGCUCGGAUAUGCCAGACCCACCACGUGGCCUUACAGAGCAGCAAUAUGUCGAUCUAUUGGUUGGUCGAGGCUGCCAGAGUCGCAAUUGUCACAGGGAAAGGAUCGCACGAGUGUGCUGGGAAUUCCGAGUGCGUCUAUGCUCGGACUGUUUCAGGAGCAAAGUGAUGCGUGCCGAUGACCUCAACCCCCAUCGACACCAUGAGCUCCCCCAUGAUAUUAACGAAGGCAUGCUCAAUCGUGACGAGAUCCGUCCUGCAGACUCAAUGCUCUGGGACCUGCUUCCUCAAGCUAUAAGCGAUGGUCGACGCUACGUUCACCCCCGAGCUGUGAAUAGAACCACAAAUACCUGGGCUGGAUGGUCUGGUGUUCGCUCCUACGUCUUUCUCAGGUCUGCUUACGCCCAGCUCGAGUCCGAAUACUUGGAACUUCAACGCUCAAAUGGUACACUGACGGCAGUCGUAGCCUCAGACGGGACGCGAUCCGAUGGCGGCCCCCUCAUCGAACAAUGGAUACGGGACAAACACAGCAGCAACAUGGCUAUCAUGGCCGACGCCGAUACCAUCGACAAAUGGCGAAAGAGGCAACAAUUCGCGCUGUCAGACCACUUGAACAGGCUGGACAGACACGACUUCUUUGCAGAACGAGCAGAAAACCUCUCCCCUCCUAUCGACUACCGAAUGUUGGACUACAUGGCUGCGUUCCGGCGGGCACUCAAAGUUGACACACCACCGACUGAGCGAUCAUGGACGGUUUUGAAGAAGAAAAUUCUACCCUAUCGAUCUCAAGCGCAACAAGUUGAUGACUUCAACAUAUUGAUGAUGCAAAACCCUGGCGCGGCUGGGGCUUUGGUCGAGAGAUUCGUGCUACUCCGAGAGCAUCGAUCUGAUUGGAAAAGAUUUUCAGGGGCAUACCAGCCCGAACAGAAUUUUGUUCUUGAACUCGGCGAGAAAGAGUUCGCGCGAUGCCUAGCAGCCGGUGUUGCGGACGAGGAUCUUCUUCUACUCUGCUUGAAGAACGUCUUUGACGAAUAUGCCCAACUGACCACUCGUCCCACAGGGCUCAAUUUCGAUGGCACGACAGGGCUAUACUGUCUGAGCUUGGAUGACGCCCGUAUGAUUGUCCAUCUGAUCAUGGAAAAGCACAUUGCUAGUGACUCUCAACGAGGCUCAGUGGUGUUUCGGAAGCUCAAAUGCAGGGGCUGCACUCGCACAGAUUUUACCAAGACGUGGUCAUUUGAGGGAGCAUUCGAGCAUAUGCUGAUCACUCAUGCACAAUUGGUAGGCGAAGGCUUGGAGUUCUGGCAAUUUGCGGUCCCCUUUCCACAUUCGGGUGCGUAUUGGACACUUCGCAGACGACGGGGAGAGGAUGACAAUGGCGAUCGUUUCCCGUGGUACACUGUACCAUGGCCACGAUGCUUACCUCUUGUUCCAUUCCACCAGGAUGUCUGCAAGAUGGACAACUGGCACCCGGCGGUCAGUGAGCCUUUUGUUCGAAAGGAAAGCCCACCGUCCAUUUCAGCAUUCGAAGGGCGGCGAGCUCGUCAGGGUCCGCGGUCUCGAGCCGACUUUCCUGAGAAUCUUGCCUUUGCUGUUAAGACUCUGACCUCAUCACGGCUUGACGGUCUGUGUCAGAUGAAGAUUGCCCUGCGGUACGCGCUGGACCUCUAUAUGAGGAUCGAUGAGGGCGAACCCCCAAUGUCAAUGCUAUUUUUGGGCUUCGAACUCAUCCACCAUGCCAAUGCCAACUUUGACCUACGUUUCAAAUGCGGAUCGUGCGUUGCAGAAGGCACAGUCGAUCCGAGCGCGAAGCAGGUCAAGUAUCGCAUACCCUACGAGGCGCUCAUAACGCAUUGGGAGCAGAGGCACAUAGAGGAUGAGAUUAGCUGGACAGAGAGUCUCAUGCACCUGCCGUCUGACAGCGAAGUUUUGGUGUUGAUGACGGAAGCGGACAAGAAGCUGCAAGCGGAGAAGGACGCAGCACGCGCAAGGGAGGAGAAGCUGGCCGAGAACGUGAGGAAGCGUCCCAGAUUGAAAGGACAAGUUGUGAUACAGGCUCGACUAGCACGCGAUGCUUUUGAGGAGCUUUUCGAGCCGACGUCGACUAUGGACCGAGCCUAUCACGAGAACACGCCAGUUUGACAAUGAGGGAUAUGCCAUUAUGAAUUGCUUGCGACAGGGACCUGGGUGGCGUUAUGGAUGGCAAGGCAUACAGGUAUCAUUUCAGGCUGGGCAUAAACAAUCGGGUUCAGCAAUACUCAGCAUAGCAAAACGGUUCCGGUGCCUAUCUGGGAUAUAGUAGAGGCGGCAACAUUACCCUGAAUAGGAUAUGACUACGAGACUCA